GUAGAGACGCUAGUAUUGAAAAGACAGGUAACCGGUAUACUCGCGAUAUUGGAAUAGUCUUGAUCGAGUCCGCGCCGAUCUGUGUGACUCAUUGGGAUAUCUGAAAAAGAAAAAUAAUAAUAUACGAGAAAGCAAAGGAAAAAAGCUAAACCAGUGAGACCUCUAAUGUUCUCUAAAUUGCGUUCUUUCAGUGGUGCUUCGAACCCGUGCCUUGGUGUUCAUGUGUUAGUGAUCGCGGCGUUGAAGAAAGGUGAUCAUCGGACCUCUGUUCGUAGAGUUAAAUGAAUUGUGACUGCCCUUGGCUUUGAUUUGGCUUGCUUGAUUGAAGCGCGCGUGUGUAUGUAGGAAAAUUUCAUUACCGAUUAAUUGAUAGAAUUGGGACCUAUCAAGGCUGAUUGGAAUUUGAUUACCGAAGCUAAGAUAACUGCAGCGCUCUCAUAACCGAGUUGUAUACGCCUUACAGGCAUAGCGCCAGUACCCAGUCCGGAAUCCAGUAGUACCGACUAGUAGCAGCUGCUGAUAAGACGCUAGAGUGUGUGUCCGCGCACAUCGGCUAGGUGCAACAGCAACCAGAGAGAAGAAUAAAAGGAAAAGUAUGUCUACCAAGAACAGUUCAACCACAAAUGGUGGCACAAGCAAGUACGAGGCCCGUUUGUGUCACGUCGUUAAACGGCCCGAUUUCGAUGGCUAUGGGUUCAAUUUGCAUGCGGAGAAGGGUCGACCCGGGCAGUACAUCGGCAAGGUAGAUGAUGGAUCUCCGGCGGAAGCUGCGGGUUUACGCCAGGGUGAUCGUAUCAUAGAAGUCAACGGGACGAACAUCACAAAUGAAACUCACAAGAAGGUUGUGGAAUUGAUCAAAAGUAUCCCAAAUGAAACUAAAUUGCUUGUGAUCGACCCGCGGGCGGAUGCGAACGAAUUGAAAGCCGCCGCCGCCGCUGCCAAGAGCAAGAACAGUGGUGUUGAUGUAAAUGAUAACAGCAAACAGACGAUGUCAACCAAUCGGAAGGACAGUUUGAACGAAAAAUCCAGUCCGCAGUCUAAUCGGAACAAACAUGACGUCAAUGGAAGCAACGGUAAUGAAGAUGCUAACAACAAAAGAAACAGCAGCGCAAACAACAACCACGACACGGGUGCUAAUAAAAUGAUGUUGACAAAUGGAGACACGAAGAAACAGCAACCGGUGGAACAGAUCAUCGAAGACACCAAGUCCUUGUCCAUGUCAGCGAAGGUAGAAUCCAACGGCAAGCCAAUGGCAAAUGCAAAUGGAACUAAUGGCACCUCGGACACCGUCACCAAGGAUGGCCCUAAGCUGAACCUCAAUAUGACUGCGGCUGAGCUACGUGCUCAACUUGCUGCUCGAAAGAAGUACGACCCAAAGAACGACGUGUGUGAUUUGCGCAAAAAGUACGAAAUAAUUCAGAAAAUGUGAUAAAUUACUUGUUUUGGUAUGAUUGGCGCGAGUGCGGGCGUGAUAGAGACUCAAAGGAUACACCAGACACGUUUCACCUUGUUCGGUUAGUUACUUAACGAUAGUAGCACUUGCAUCCUCAAUGAAGGAUACGUAAAAAAGUACUUCAAGGACCACCCUACUGUGCGUGUGCUGCGGUGGGGCAGCACUGCUUUACUGUACAGAAAAAAAAUGCACUUAAUAACAUUCCUUCUCUCGCCAAUGCAACAGUAGGACAUAUUACGAUGAUUGUAGGAAUACUAACUUUUUUUUUAACUAGUUCACGGUUGAUAAUGCCUGAAUUACACAAUUUUCCACGAUAAAUACCCAAUACCAAUGCGCUGUUUCCUUUAAAUGGGUCGCGUCAUUGGAAUUUAAUCUGUAUAAACCGAGUAGAAAUCGAAGUCCGUUAUCAGCGUUUGUGUUGAUAACUGAUAAAGAUCACGAACUGUAAUGAGACAAUGGAAUAAAUUGUUCCACAGAGAGCGAAAGCGGAAAGAUAAAACACACUCACAAUGUACCCAAAAUAAAGUAAUUAGCAGUUGGUAGACCGUCCACCAACUUUUCAAACAGUUCCAGAUAUUUCGUAUUUGGCAAAUAACAGAAUGUGUUUUCGUACCGAAACUAAUACAUGCUUAUCGCUGACAAACAACUUAUUCGAUACAGUUCUACCUUACGAAAGUAGAAAUUUAUUAUGUUCUUCGAUACAAUCCCGAAGAUGGGUUUCAUUAGAAGGAGUGUUGAUAGUGAUGGUAAAAACAAACAAAAAGAUGGAUGAAUUACAAAAGGAUGCUAAAUGAACGGUGACAAAAGAGUGAGGUAUUGAAAUGAUACAAGAAGAUGAAUAAUGUGCCAAAAUUUUAAAAAAUUACCAUAUCCGAUAACUAAGUUCUUCUUGCGAACAAUUGGAGUGAAAUUAUUCUGGGUUGCAUAAAAAACACUGAUACGUAUUACACAUGAUUAAUAAAAUAUAUUUAUAGUCUAGACAUA